GCAGGUAAAAACUUUCAUCCUUUUGUUUAUCCUGUUACUGUGUAUAGGACUGGCAUUUAUGAUAUUUCAAUUUAUGUAUCAAACAAAGAAUUUCGAAGGACGUCCUGUGAGAACUCCACCAAACUGCCCUUUGACAAACAAAACAGAGUGGAGAAUAUUGUGGUACAAAAUUCCAUCCUAUUUAGUUAGUGUGCUGAACUAUACAAAACAUAAAACACACAAAAAGCACCCAAACUGGAUCUUUACACAUGACAUUAAAGAUUUAUCUAAGAGUGAUGUUGUGAUAUUUACACAUUUUACUAUGGGUGAUGUGCCGCCAAACAAGACCAAGUGUCAAAUGUGGGUUUUUCACACUAUGGAAGCUCCUAAAUUCACGUAUAAACACUACCAAAAAUGUAAUAAUAGUCUAGAUUGGUUGAUGUCUUAUAGCAGAAAUUCAGAUAUAUAUCGACCUUAUGGAAUACUUAAGAAACGGACCUCCCUUUUGGUGAAGAAUUAUACGGAGAUAUUUCAGAAGAAGAAAUAUUUUGGGGUGUGGAUGUCAGGGCAUUGUCCAGUACCGUCUCGUCGUAAAUAUUACAUACUUGAUUUAAAGAAAUAUAUACAGGUCGAUAUGUUCGGUUCUUGCGGAAGUGCUGUUUGUCUUACUCGAAGUGCAGGACUUAACGAAUGCUUGCGAAAUUUUUCUCGUGAUUAUAAAUUUUAUUUUGCCUUUGAAAAUAACAUUUGUAAAGACUACACGACAGAAAAAUUAUUUAAUGUAUUUUUGGGUAAUUUAGAUGUUAUUCCUGUAAUUAAUGGACCAAAAAAUGCAGCGGAAUACAUACCUAACGGAACAUUCAUAAAUGCUCUAGAUUUCCCUUCUCCUAAGGAUUUAGCGGAAAAACUAAAGAAAAUUAGCUCAAACCAAACCCUUUUUACAAAAUACCUUAGAGAAAAAGACAGAUACAUAGAAAUUGGUUUAAAUGAAAUAUUUUUACAAUCAAUGCUCCAAAUACUUGACAAGAUUAAUCGAACUAACGGAAAUAUUGUAAGACGCAAAGAAAGCUUAAAAGAGCUUUUCUUUGCGAGUGAUGAAGACUGCUAA